AUCGAUACGAAAUUUAUGCCCUUCCGUGUUAUGCGCCCAAGCAAGUUGCCCCUUCAACGUUUUCAAAGUUAAAAAUAUUACAUGGGAGAAGAGUUACCAUCGCGUUAGUGAAUAGAUGACUGGGCAUUCCUCUGAGAUGAUAAUUUGUGAGCGUGCCGUUUUGCAUACCAACGUGCGUACCUAUGCGUUAAAAGGGGCACACCCGUUCAAGUCAGUGCUUAUGCAGGCAUACCUUAUGCAGCACGUUCGUAGCCACGCGCGUGCAUGAAAUGGGAAAACUCGCGACGACCUGUGCAUCCGCCAUACCACCUUCCGCAGAACCGCUGAACCGCUGAACCGCUGAACCGCUGAACAGAAAAAUGAUGUAACUAAUUUGUUUGUAUGUCCCUCCUCCUUUAACAUUUCGAAUUUUAAGAGCUCAUCCUGAAUUGCUACCUUCGCCGCAACUGUUGCCACCAUUGGAAGGGUUCCCACCGCAGGCGUAGGUGUAUUCCUAUUCUUUUUUUUUGUUUUCAUUCGCUAGACUGCUUGGGGAAAGCACCCGAUAAAGCAAAUUGAACGGUAAGAGGUUGCGAAGAAAAACAAGGAUAAAUACAAAGCAGUAAGAGUUUGCACAUAGUAUAAGGGUAAGAGGGGCAAACUGGCGAUAUAUGCGACCUGUAGACGGAGAGAACUGUAGAGUAGAGCAAAAGUUAAAUGAAUGUAUAAGAUGCUUGGAUUCACGGGAUCAUGUCUGUCCAAGGAGUUUUUCGAUUUAGCCAAAUCGAUUGGGGAGGCCCGUUCGAAGCAGGAGGAGGACAGAAUCAUAUGCAAUGAGAUCGUUUUGCUCAAGACAAGGUUUGCCGACCCGAAUGCGUCAGUGAAACAGAUAAAGGAAUACCUAAUCAGGGCGAUUUACAUCGAAAUGCUGGGGCACGACGCCUCCUUCGCAUACAUCCACGCAGUUAAGCUGGCGCACGAGAAGAACAUUUUGUGCAAGAGGACGGGCUACCUGUCGUGCAAUUUGUUCCUAAACAAAGACCACGAAUUGAUGCUACUUCUAAUUAACACAAUACAGAAGGAUUUAAAAAGCGACAACCUUUUGGAAAUCUGGGCAGCCCUAAACUGUGUGUGUAAAUUACUAAACAGUGAAAUGAUCCCAGCGAUAUUCCCAAUUAUAAAAAAUUUAUUAAAUCAUAAAAACGAAUUGAUAAGAAAAAAAGUGUGUAUGUUGUUACAUAAAAUGUAUUUAAUAGAUCCAUCUUUGAUAAAAGAAAUUGACAUUUUUUUGAAGAAGCUUCUAUGCGAUGUCGACCCCUCCGUCAUGGGUGCAUCAUUAAAUUUGAUAUUUUGCAUUGCCAAGAAUGAAAUUUCUUAUUGCAUAAAGUUAGUGCCAUACUUAGUUUCUAUCCUCAAGCAGAUAUGUGAAAAUAAGUUACCCAAGGAUUACGACUACCAUAGAAUCCCCGCUCCAUGGAUUCAAAUUAAAAUACUAGCCAUUUUUAGAAUUCUGGGAUACUCAAAUAAAAAGAUAUCAGAACAGAUGUACGAAGUGUUACAGAAGACCAUGCAGAGAGCCGACUUUGGGAUAAACGUUGGUUAUGCCAUUAUAUACGAGUGUGUAAAAACUAUUGCUACUAUAUACCCAUCUCAUCAUUUGCUAGAGUUGGCAUCAUUAUCUAUAUCGAGAUUUAUCUCCUCAGAUAAUCAUAACCUUAAGUACGUUGGCGUUACGGGAUUAGCUCUGAUUGUGAAGAUUAACCCCAUGUAUGCAUCGAAGCACCAGCUAGCUGUGGUAGACUGCUUAGAAGACAAAGACGAAACGUUAAAAAUGAAAACGUUAGAUCUGUUGUACCAGAUGACCAACCCUCUAAAUGUUAAAGUAAUUGUGGAUAAGCUGUUAUUCCACGUGGAGAAUUCGCUAGACAUACACUUUAAGCAUGACUUGGCUUGUAAAAUUAUUCAGUUAAUUGAAAGGUACACCCCAGAUGACAUUUGGUUUUUGAAUACCAUCAACUCGUUGUUUUUGUCCGUGGGUGAAUUGCUCGAUGAGAGUUACUCGUAUUCCCUUAUUAAGCUGUUGAAGGACAGCUCCAUGUGUCUGGAUUCGGACUCUGGAGACGACUUGGUUCGCAGCGAAGCGAAUGAGGAGGUUUGCAGUGGCGAUGACGAUCAUCGCAAGAGGGACGAUAGCAACGUGCCUUACGAAAAUCAGGGGGAAAGCGCAAAUGCGGCCUAUUUAAACAUCGAAGAGAUGGGCAGUAGGGGCGAGUUCCUGAGUGAGCCAACUCCCACAGGCGAAGGAGUUAGCGGCCAUCCAGAAGAUAAACCCAAUUGUGGAGAUUAUGAUUUGAGGCAAGAUGAUACAAAUGUAGCACUCGAUGACAGUGAGAAGCUACUCAUGGGGGAGGCGAUCACCCGGGAUGGGAAUAGCGGCGAAUUCGCAAGAGAUAACCCCCAUGGUGGUGAGAACCACAUAAGGGAAGCAUCCAAUCGAGAAAAUAAUCAAAACGAAAUGAAAGAAAAAAAAAAAAUAAACGAUGAUGUGUACAAUUUGAGGAAGUAUGCCGUGAACACGUACAUCACCAUGCUGGAAAAUAACGAAAACAUUCCCUUCAUUUUGAUGCAAAUUAUUUGCUGGGUCUUAGGAGAGUAUAGCUACCUGUGCGAUUUAGAAAAUUACUCAACUGAAGAUAUCAUCGAUUUGCUAUGUGAAUGUCUGGAGAAAACUUUUAACAACCCAGAUAGAGUCAAGUCCUGCAUCAUUACGGCGAUCUUUAAGCUGUGCUGCUUCAACAAUGUGACUGACCACAUCGUUGCGAAGAAGUUAAUCGAGAAAUACAAAAACAGCAAACUUACGGACUUGCAACAGAGGUGUUACGAAUACGAAUCCAUUUUAAAUAACCCUACGUUAAUCAAAAAUGUAUUCUCGAUUUCGAGUAGGCAGAAAAUGGCUAUUGAUGAAAAUCUGUCCUUUUUAAAUCCCUUGGUGGAAAAACAUUUGAAAAGUGGAGGGAAGGCCUACAUAACGAAGGAGUUAAGGCAAAGCGAAACCAAUUUCGAAUCAGCGAAGAGCAGCGUCCCCGUGCUCAAUUUCACACCGUAUGAAUUACCAAUCAAUAACAGAAUACACAUUGAUACCUUCCACACGUCGAAUAGUGGAUCCGCGUAUGAGAGGAGUUACAGGUAUGACACACAGGCGCAUGUUUCGCUGGAGGAUAACACUGCUAACCCAAAAGAGAGGGAAAAAACAUUUAAGCUUAAUGUUGUGGGCCCCAAAAAAUGGACAAAGGAAACGUGCAAAGUUGAAGGGAAGAAGAAUAAUGAGAAAAAUAGCCACAAAAAUGGAAAGAAAAAGAAAAAGAAGAAGAAAAAAAGGGAUAACCAGGCAACCUAUCAGCUGAAAGGUAGCCAUGAAAAUGUGAACCGAAAUAAAGUAGGCAAAAAGGAUGGGCAAAAAAGGCACCCUCAAUUUGGCAACACACACGGAAGAAUUGAACAAGAGGAGGAUAAAGAGGCGGGGGAGGAGGAACAAAACCAUGAUGAACUUUUUUAUGGUAGCAGAUAUGGUGAACAGGGAAGAGCAGAGAUGGACGAGGAGGAAGACGAAGUGGAGGGCGAAGAAGACGACGAGGAAGAAGAUGAAGAAGAGGACGAAGAAGAGGAUGAAGAAGAGGAUGAGGACGAAAACGAAGCAGUGGAAAAUGAAGGAAACUAUGACGACAGUCACCAACCAGGGAACGACGGAAGAGGGAAUGAAAAAAGAAUGGAUAACUUAGGGGACUACUACGAUCAGAAUUACGAAAGGUUCGACGAAAGAGAUAUACACAACGUAAGGGAUUACAGGCAUAGCCGUCAGAGCAGCAGCAAUAACAAUAGCAGUUCUUUUUACAAACAAGAGAGCUCCCACUCGAACAGCAAUGCAGCCGCAGCACAUAGCGAGCUAACCGAGAAGGAAAAAAUGGCGGCUGCCUUGUUUAACGGUCUAAUAUCAAACAAUUCUUCAAUUGACUAUUCGAGAAAUAAUUACUCUUCCAGUUUUUCAAGUAAAAAGAGCCACUCAUUAUUGUCCAAUAGGAAUUAUUUUAACUCCAAAUCGGAUGAGAGCAGGACUGACGAGAGGGGAAAGCACUUUGUUGAGAGGAAAAGUUCGAGGGUGUUUCAAAGAGAAUCUGCUGCACUGAGCAGUCAACCGUUUCGAAGAGAACCUGCUGCACCGAGCAGUCAACAGGUGGAAAAGAAAAACUCCUCGUCGAACCUUUUGGGAAGCGCUUCAAACAAAUUGGACGAAAUGAGAAAAUCGAAGUGUGCUUUUGAUAUGCUAGAUUUGAACGAGCCUGCUGCUAAAAGGGACUUCAUGGAGGAAGAAGAGGAAAAUAGGAGCUGCAAAGAGGAGGACAAAAAUCUGUGGAACAGCAUCAGCAGUCAGAAGAAGGCCGUUUUUCUAAACACGGCAACGUUAAACAUAUUUCAGAUAAUUAAAAAAAUUGAGAACAACCUUAACGCCAACGUGGUGGAAGUGAGCAAAAAGGAAGCCCUAACUUCCUGCAUUUACAGCAGCAACAAAGUGUUGGUAAAAAUCAAAAUAGAGGAAAACAAAUUAGUUUUUUUAGUGAAGUCCGCUGAAAUUAGGUAA